UCCUUCCUCUCACACACCUGUGAGGGCUCCUUCUCCGACAAAAGCACAGCCGAGGAUAUUGGAGGAACAAAAAGACAAUUAGGAGCUAAGAAGAAAAGGCUAAAGAGGAGACUUUGGGUCCACGUUCCAUCCCUCCAUUCAUCCCUCCUUUAACCGUUUCCCACCUGUGAGGAUUAAUUGGACUGGAGCAGCAUGGCGCAUGCCGCCUCACAGCUGAAGAAAAGGGCGGAUGAGAACCUCACCGCGUUGGAGGACGAGAAGGAGAAGAAGAAGGCACUAAGGAAGCGUUCUCGCGAAUUGAAGAAAAAGACGGACGUAAACGCCAGUUAUUUGCGAUCAGCUCGGGCCGGGAACCUCGAGAAAGCUUUGGACUACCUGAAGAAUGGAGUGGACAUUAAUAUUUGCAAUCAGAAUGGUCUGAAUGCUCUCCAUCUGGCCUCGAAGGAGGGCCAUGUGGAAGUGGUGGCUGAGCUCAUCAAGCAGGGCGCCAACGUGGACGCAUCCACCAAGAAAGGAAACACAGCCCUCCACAUAGCUUCCCUCGCUGGGCAGACAGACGUGGUGAAGGAACUUGUCACCCACAGCGCCAAUGUCAAUGCACAAUCUCAGAAUGGCUUCACUCCGCUGUAUAUGGCGGCGCAGGAGAACCACAUGGAGGUGGUGCAGUACUUAUUGGACCAUGGCUCCAGUCAGAGCAUCGCCACUGAGGAUGGUUUCACUCCCCUGGCGGUGGCGUUGCAGCAGGGCCACGACCAGGUGGUUUCCCUCCUGCUGGAAAACGACACCAAGGGGAAGGUCCGGCUGCCUGCACUGCACAUCGCCGCACGGAAAGACGACACAAAGGCCGCCGCGCUCCUCCUCCAGAACGACCACAACGCUGACGUGGAGUCCAAGAUGAUGGUGAAUAGAACAACAGAGAGCGGUUUCACUCCUCUCCAUAUUGCGGCUCACUACGGCAAUAUCAACGUAGCAACACUCCUGCUUAACAGAGGGGCAGCUGUGGACUUCAAGGCGAGGAAUGACAUAACACCGCUGCACGUAGCAUCCAAACGUGGGAAUGGCAACAUGGUGCGACUGCUGCUGGAGAGAGGGGCCAAGAUAGACGCACGGACCAAGGACGGUCUGACUCCUCUGCACUGCGGAGCCAGGAGUGGUCAUGAGCAGGUGGUGGAGAUGCUGCUGGACAGAGGAGCGCCAAUACUAUCAAAGACAAAGAACGGCUUGUCUCCGCUCCACAUGGCGACGCAGGGCGACCACCUCAACUGCGUCCAGCUGCUGCUGCACCACGAGGUGCCCGUGGACGACGUGACCAACGACUACCUGACGGCGCUGCACGUGGCCGCCCACUGCGGCCACUACAAGGUGGCAAAGGUCAUCGUGGACAAGAAGGCCAACCCCAACGCCAAGGCACUGAAUGGUUUCACCCCUCUGCACAUUGCCUGCAAGAAAAACAGAGUCAAGGUGAUGGAGCUACUUCUGAAGCAUGGAGCGUCGAUACAGGCAGUCACUGAGUCCGGUCUGACUCCGAUCCAUGUUGCAGCAUUUAUGGGACACGACAACAUUGUGCACCAGCUGAUCCACCACGGGGCUUCCCCAAACACAAGCAAUGUGAGGGGGGAGACGGCGCUGCACAUGGCAGCGAGAGCUGGACAGACAAAUGUGGUCCGAUAUCUGAUCCAGAAUGGAGCACGUGUCGAUGCCAAGGCCAAGGACGAGCAGACUCCGCUGCACAUCUCAAGCCGUCUUGGUAAGCAAGACAUCGUCAACCAGCUGCUGGCAAACGGAGCAUGCCCAGAUGCCACCACCAACUCCGGAUACACACCUUUACACCUGGCCGCCAGAGAGGGACACAGAGAUGUGGCUUCAGGGCUGCUGGAUCAAGGAGCUAGUCUGGCCAUUAUUACCAAGAAGGGCUUCACUCCUUUACACGUGGCUGCAAAGUACGGGAAGAUCGAGGUCGCCAACCUGCUGCUGCAGAAAAACGCUCCGUCUGAUGCUGCUGGGAAGAGUGGACUAACUCCACUGCAUGUGGCAGCACACUACGAUAACCAGAAGGUGGCGCUGCUCUUGCUCAACCAGGGAGCUUCACCGCAUGCUGCUGCAAAGAACGGUUACACACCGCUCCACAUUGCAGCUAAGAAGAAUCAGAUGGAGAUAACCACCACGUUACUGGAGUACGGCGCCUCCACCAACACGGUGACCCGCCAGGGGAUCACUCCUCUGCACCUCGCAGCACAGGAAGGCAACGUGGACAUAGUGACGCUUCUGCUGGCUCGAGACGCUCCAAUAAACAUGGGCAAUAAGUCUGGUCUGACUCCGCUCCACCUGGCUGCCCAGGAGGAUAAAGUCAACGUUGCAGAGGUCUUAGUCAACCAGGGAGCUACCAUAGACCCUGAGACCAAGCUGGGAUACACUCCUCUCCAUGUGGCCUGCCACUAUGGCAAUGUGAAGAUGGUCAAUUUCCUGCUGAAAAAUCAGGCAAAGGUCAACGCUAAGACCAAGAACGGUUACACACCUCUCCAUCAGGCCGCACAGCAGGGACACACACACAUCAUCAACUUGCUGCUACAUCAUGGAGCAUCGCCCAACGAACUCACAGCUAAUGGGAACAGCGCUCUGUCCAUUGCCAGGAGGCUCGGCUACAUAUCUGUAGUUGAUACACUCAAAGUGGUCACAGAGGAGACUUUGACCACUCAGACUGUGAUUGAGAAGCACAAGAUGAACGUUCCAGAGACCAUGAACGAGGUGCUGGACAUGUCCGAUGAUGAAGUCUGUAAAGCCAAUGUCCCCGAAAUGAUCACAGAGGACUAUAUAUCUGAUGUGGAAGAAGAGAUGGAUGUUGGAAAUAUCUGCAUCAGCUAUUCCUGUGACGAUGCAAUGACGGGGGACACAGACAAAUAUCUGGCCCCCCAGGACCUGCGGGAGCUGGGGGACGACUCGCUCCCUCAGGAGGGCUACAUGGGCUUCAGUGUUGGUGCGCGGUCACAGAGUCCCAAAGUCAGCCUGCGUUCCUUCAGUUCUGAUAGGUCCCACACACUGAACCGGAGCUCGUUCACACGGGACAGCAUGAUGAUAGAGGAGAUGCUGGCACCCAAUAAGGAGAUGCAUUUGGCGGUGGCUAAGGACUGUGACAACGACUCUCUGAGGAGAUACAGCUGGACUGCAGACGCACUGGACAAUGUCAACCUGGUCUCCUCACCAAUACACUCCGGUUUUUCCUCUCCGCUCCCGCAGUACGACAGCAGGUUCUUGGUCAGCUUCAUGGUCGACGCCAGGGGCGGCUCCAUGAGAGGAAGUCGUCACAACGGCAUGCGCAUCAUCAUCCCGCCCAGAAAGUGCACAGCGCCCACCAGGAUCACCUGUCGACUGGUCAAGAGACACAAACUGGCGUCGCCUCCUCCGAUGGUGGAAGGAGAAGGCCUGGCCAGCCGACUGGUUGAGGUCGGUCCGGCCGGAGCUCAGUUCCUCGGGCCUGUGAUAGUGGAGAUCCCUCAUUUUGGCUCGAUGCGGGGCCAAGAGAGAGAGCUGAUCCUGCUGCGCAGCGAGAACGGAGAAAGCUGGAAGGAGCAUCUGUACGACUAUAAGAGCGAUGACCUCAAUCAGCUGCUCAGUGGGAUGGAUGAAGAACUGGACAGUCCUGAGGAGCUGGAGAGGAAGAGAAUCUGCCGCAUCAUCACCAAGGACUUCCCACAGUACUUUGCUGUCGUGUCUCGAAUCAGGCAGGAGACCAAUCAGAUGGGACCAGAGGGCGGGACUCUGUGUAGCCGGAGCAUCCCGUUGGUUCAGGCUUCCUUUCCCGAGGGGGCGUUAACCAAGAAGAUCAAAGUUGGACUGCAGGCCCAGCCGGUGCCCGACGAGACUGUGAAGAAAAUCCUUGGUAACCGAGCAACCUUCAGCCCCAUCGUUACCGUGGAGCCCAGAAGAAGGAAGUUCCACAAGCCCAUCACCAUGACAAUCCCAGUCCCGCCCCUCUCAGGGGAGGGUCUUACAAACGGCUACAAAGGAGACUGUACUCCAUGCCUCCGCCUUCUCUGUAGCAUUACAGGUGGUACGUCCCCAGCACAGUGGGAAGACAUCACUGGCACAACUCCCCUCACCUUCAUCAAUGACUGCGUCUCCUUCACCACUAAUGUUUCUGCCAGGUUCUGGUUAGCAGACUGCCACCAGAUCCCAGAGACUGUGGGCUUGGCCAUGCAGCUGUACAGGGAGCUCAUCUGUGUGCCCUAUAUGGCCAAAUUUGUGGUGUUUGCAAAGACGAAUGAUCCAGUGGAGUCCAGUCUGAGGUGCUUCUGUAUGACUGACGACAAGGUGGAUAAGACCCUAGAGCAGCAGGAGAACUUUGAGGAGGUGGCCAGGAGCAAAGACAUAGAGGUUCUGGAGGGCAGGCCCAUCUAUGUGGACUGCUAUGGAAACUUGGCUCCUCUGACUAAAGGUGGUCAGCAGUUAGUUCUUAACUUCUACGCCUUCAAGGAGAACCGUUUGCCCUUCUGUGUCAAGGUGAGAGAUCCCAGCCAGGAGCCCUGCGGCCGUCUCACGUUCCUUAAAGAGUGUAAGACUAUAAAAGGCCUUCCACAAACUGCCGUGUGCAACCUGAACAUCACGCUUCCUGCAGUGAAAAAGGAAAUGGAGUCAGAUGCAGAGGAUGAGACUGAAAAGCCAGAGCGACGUCAUACCUUUGCAUCCCUAGCCUUACGUAAGCGCUUCAGCUAUCUGGCCGAGCCUGCACUGAGCCCUCAGAGUCCCUGUGAGAGAACAGACCUCCGCAUGGCAAUAGUAGCCGACCACCUCGGACUCAGCUGGACUGAGCUGGCAAGGGAGAUGGAUUUCUCUGUGGAAGAGAUCAACUUUAUCAGAGUGGAGAACCCCAAUUCCCUCACAGCACAGAGCUUCAUGCUCCUAAAGAAAUGGGUGCACAGGGACGGUAAAAAUGCCACAACGGAUGCUUUAACUGCGGUGCUGACUAAGAUCAAUCGGUUGGAUAUUGUGACUUUGCUGGAAGGGCCCAUAUUUGACUACGGUAACAUUUCAGGCACACGCUGCUUUGCCGAUGAUAACGCAGUAUUCCCGGAUCAGUCCGAUGGAUACGACAAUAUAGAUCUGGAGCUGCAAACCCCCUCAGACCUGAACUACGAGCCCCCCACCCCGCUUCGCUCAGACUUCUUCUUUAGCGAGGGCGAUGCUAGCGCAGACUCCCCUAGCAAGAUCAUGCCUACUAGACCUAGCGACCUCUCUCUCACUCAGACCACCAGUACGUCCAGCAGCGACCCCCUCACGGUCGCCCCAGGCCCCACCUCUAACGCCAUGCAGCCCCCCAUCGUCGGGGCCGAAGAUACAGCCUUGACCACUGAGGAAAGAGGGAUGUCUAAGGAAGAACAUACAAGGCUGGUUUAUUAUGAAAGGGUGGAUAAUGACAGAAGGGCAGUAGAGCAAUCAGGAAAGGGAACAAACGGGCAUGCUGAGGCCUUAGAGAAGGAACCUCAGGCAGUGCAAGGCGUUAUUUUGGAGCGUCAGGGAGACACUGGUCAUGGAAAUGCGAGGCAGGAAGAGGAAGAAGAAGAGGAGGAGAUGACCCCGGAGAGGCUGCAGAGUCUACUGGAGGAUAUAAAGCAGGAGGGAGGCUUGGACGACGAGGAGAUGACAGAGGAGAGGAUGAAUGCUAUCCUUGAACAACUACAGCAAGCAAAAAAAGACGUGUGUUCAGUUCCAGGCUUGAGAUGCGAGACGUCCUGCGCAAUCAUAGAGUCAGCAGCCGGGGGCCACGACCCCGGCACCGAGGAGGGCAGCCCCGACUGUCUGGCCUCAUUGGAGCAGCCCCCAGCUCAGACCGACAGAAAGAACGGAGGUCACAGUGACGCAGCCAGCGAAGGAAAGGAAAAGGAGGCCAAGAGGAAGGGAUCUCAGGGGGACAGCAGCACAGCGGGACCAAGCAGAGGACGGGAGGAUGGAGGUGAAAAGUCCCAGCACAAAGUCCAGGGGAGCGUUAGAGCUGACGAGUCCGGCUCCGAUGAGGAGACCACUGUCACCACCAGGGUGUACCGCAGACGAGUCAUACUCAAGGGAGAGGAGGCCAAAAACAUUCCUGGGGAGUCUGUGACAGAGGAGCAGUUCACAGAUGAAGACGGGAAUCUGGUCACCAGAAAAGUGAUCAGAAAGGUGGUGCGCCGUGUGUUCAACACGGAGGAAAGGAGGGAAAGUGAAGCCGAAACUGUUACAGAAGAAGCAGCUGGUGUUGGUGGUGGUGGUGGUGUAGCGGCAGGUGGAGCAAACGCUGCUUCUUCAGCAGGACCCACGGGGGGGAAGGGCAAGAAGAGGGGGAAGCGCUCCCGACAGGGCCACAAGGCUGAGAAGUCUGGAGAAAAAAUUGAGCCUGGAAACAGCGGCAACAAGAAACAAGGGAAGAAGAGUCAGUCAUAACAGAAGAGCUCUCAACUCAACCAGGUCCACUGACAUCCACCUGCGACACCACACACCCUGGGAGGAAAAACAAGACUGGAAGCCUCGUCAAUCGGCCAAAACGUGUCUGAAGCUUUCACUUACAACGCAUGGUUCUCAGCAAGACAACGCAAAACAAGUUACUUUUCUUUGAUUUCGCAUGAGCAUGUCACCAAAACUCACUCACUCUGUUGGAAACAACACCGAAAAGGACACGCAUAGACGUGAGCUGGAGCUUUCUUAUCUUCGACGAAUGAAAGGCGCCUGUGACCAAAGAUGGCACAAAAAAAGGAAAACUAAAUGCUGACAGAUAAGGAAGACGUGUGAUUCACUCUCUCCCAGACACUCGCCUUAUAUGGUCUAUUUUUUUCCUCCUGGACCCACAGUAUAGGAGUGUACCGAGUGGUUCUUUUUUUUGUUUUUUUUUAUGAAAUAUAAUAGUACAAGGGUGAUUUUUGUUGUAUAUAAAUGACACUGUAUAAAAUCAAAAAAAAAAAUAAUCGGUAGCUUCACAGAUUGUUUAUGCACUGAUUUGAGUUGAUGAAGCUUUGCAGAGUCGGUGCUUGUAUUGAGCGGUCGACACGGUUUUAGCAGCCUUGAGUGUGCACUCUGACAUGCUCUUCCCAAAUGAAUAUACAAAGGAACAACGAAAAGAUGUAUUUAAAUGAGAAAUUAAGGGAAGAAAAAAAUAAAUAACUGCUUGAUUUUAAACAAAGGACGUUUCUUUUAAGCCAACAGCUUCUUCCGCUCAGUCCGUGAAACAUUAUUUGUCUUCAGAGAAAUAAUUUUUUGCUGCAUGUGACGUCACUUUAUUUUUAACGCUUUCCUUUCAUUUUCCUCCAAAUUUAAAAAAAAGAAAACACUGUAAUACAAUUAGAGAGAUGGUACUGCUGUCUUUGUGAGCACUCAUAGUAACCCAGCCAUCUGUCAUCUAUAACUGUUUUUAUUAUAUUCUUUACGAAAAUGAAAACACACACCAGAAAGCAUAACCUUCAGGACGGUACUGACGGUGUCCCCGAAUGUAACCAGCAGACCGGCACAUUGUGUUAUCUCCUAACUGCUAGCAGCCCUGUGUGUGCGUGUGUGUGUGCAACAUCAAAUACAAUCUGUAAGCCCAUCAUACAUUCUAGAAGUGUACGUUUAAGCUUUUAGAUCUGCUGUGGUUUUAAAAAGGGGACUUUUAUUUUUGACGGUUUGAUGACUUUAUUUAACAGGUUGUAUUUGCAUUAGAACAGAGAAUCUAAUUUUUAGCCCCAUUAUUCAAAUAUUGUUCUUUUUAUUAAUGGCUAAAUCACAGUAUUGAUCACACAUUGUUAAACAUCUGAUCUUCUGUUUCUGUGUAAUUUAAAAAGAAAAUUAUGUCUGUCUGUUUUCAUACAAAGCCACCCUAAGCAUCCAUUGUUAUAAAUCUGGUACCAACAUGUAUGAUGAACCAACAUAGCCUACACUGGAUGAUCCAAGUAAUUAUUUAAGCAGAAAAAUAAAUUGUGUUUAAAUUGAA